GGAUGUGGAUCUACAGGAGCCUCCUGUGUGUGUCUCUGGCCUGGGGUCUGGCUCUGGACUCCAACACCAUCAGAUCUUCCAAAGAGACCAGCCUGCAGAGCUCAGAGCAGCCCAUGAGAGGGAGCUGCAGUAACAGGCCCGACAGGAGAAACUCCAACAGCAACAGGCAAAUGGAGCGACAGCACCUCAAAGACAGAAUCACACACAGCUUAAACGGAACCAAAGGUCCAGAGAUGUCCAGCUGCGUGCGCUCCGGCGACUGCGCUGCCGGGCUCUGCUGCGUCCGCUACCUGACCGGCAAACGGUGUCAGAGAAUCCCGCUGGAGGGCGAGGCCUGUCUCCUCAGGGGCGCCUCCAAACUUCGCAGGAACCUGGGCCGCUGCGACUGCUCCGCCGGGCUGUCCUGUGCCGAGGGGGGCGGAGCGGGUCAGGGGAAGAACAAGCGGCAGGGCGUGUGUGUGGUCCGGUCCGGACAGGCCCAGAGGAAGACAAGACACUCUGGGAAGAAGAAGAAGAGGACGGCUGAGCGGAGCUGCUGAAGGAGAGCAGAGACUCACAGAUUUAAUGAGGAGCCCAGUAGGGGGACAACCCGGGGCCCCCAAUGGCUCCUCUAUUUCACCUUAGAGACUCUUGUUUUUCUCCCGGCUGCAAACCUGAACACAUCUUCAGCUCACUGAGUGGACUAGAAGUCUCCAGUUUUAUCAUUCGACAGGUUGAGGCCGACGUAGCCUGACCAGAUGUACGCUAAUAGAUUGGCCAGAACCCGAUGUUAAGUCCUUAAGGUUCCAGAGAUGUUAGAAGUGAGCUGAGGGUGCGUUCACCCUAGAUGUUGGAAGCACACUGCCUCCGCUAGCUUCUUUCCUUUGGGUCGAGGAACACCAGAACCCGACCUGAAGCAGGUUUUUCUAUGUGAAUAUAGAUCCAUCAAACUUUUCUUCUAUUCUUUACCGAUGACUGACUGGCAGCUGAGUGGUUCCAAUAACUUAUAGAAUAAAGUAACAGAUGUUUUCAGAA